UUUCAAUAAUCAAGAACAAUAUCACCAGGAUCAAAGAAUCAAAUAAAUCAAAUGAAUCAACUUCAUUAAUCAAUUGAGCAAAGCCCACCUCUGCAUGUAACCAUGACCUCAAGCCUUCUGAAUCACUCGUUAUCCAUGCUUCUCCCCACUUGACUUUUCCAACUUAUACCGGAGCAAACAUGUCCUCUUCAAAACGUCAAUCGAUCCUCCCGCGCGUGCACUCCGGCCCCAAAGCUCCCGUCAACUUUUCCUCCUCCAUUACCAUAGCGGAUUCGGCCCUCUUGACGGGAAACCAUACUAUAAACAUCAGCUCUGAGUCGGUCGUGCAUCCACGAGCGAAGUUGGAUUCCUCUAAUGGACGAAUCACCAUCGGUCGAAGAUGUAUUGUCCAUGAGCGAACGAGCAUCGGAGCUGCGUCUGCCGACCCACGACCGAGCGAAUCUCGCGACGGCGUAGUCAUCAGCGACUAUGUUACCGUCGAAGUAGGCGCAAUACUUGAGUCGGGCGGCACAUUCAUCGGCGAGGGGUGUCUAAUCGGUGUAGGAUGUAAGAUUGGGAAGGGAGCAAAGUUGGGCAAGCAUUGCACUUUCACGCCGCAAACCGUCAUACAGCCGGGAGAAGUAGUCCCGGAUUUCACUGUUAUAUACUCCAACGGUAUCAGACGAUCUGAUAAACGCGGUGUGACGGAGUUGAAGAAUAAGGCGCAAGCUCGCCAGAUCGAGAUUCUACGAAGACUCAUACCUAGUCACCCUGGGAAGUUUCAAUAAUAGUAGAUACCCUUACGAAGUAUAUGCACAUCUUCAGUUACUAAGUUAUAAUGAUAUCCACGUGUGUUCCCAUUUAAACUUCAAAGAUGAGCUUAGCCCGUCGCUUCAAUUGAUCCAUACAUGCUAGCUUGUUGGUGC